UCUUAUAAAAAAACAUCUCUUUCACUAUUUUCUUUCUUUUGUAUUUUAAUUUGGUUAUUAUUCAACAGAACGAAAAAGAAGAAAGAAACAUUCUAUUUCUCCUUUGUCUUUUUUCUCACCUCUUAUCUGAAUUCUGUUUCUUCUGUCCUGCUCUGUAAACCACCGCCCGUAGAUGAACGAUCGGAGUCUGAAAAAGUCUCUAUCUGAAAAAACCAACCCCCCUGCGGAUGAUUUCGUCGUUGGAAAUGCCGACGAGAAUUUGGAUCUCUUCUCAGUCAACCGUACUGCCCUGACUUCUCUUGAUGCUGUUUUGCUUAAGCCAGGAAGACGUUCUUUUGAGCAAGCUAAAGUUGCUAAACCUGAAAUUGAUGAUGAGAAAGAACUUUGGAAUGACCAGCUUAAUUAUACCGUUCCUGAAGUUACAUUAGAAGCUCUUUCUAAAUUGGUUCUACAAGCUAGAAACGUAACUUCCAAGCUUCAGUCUAUUUCUACCACAAGAGGUACAGGUACAAAGGGCGAGAGCGAUCCAUCUUCAAAACCAACGAGAAGCACUUCAACAGGACGGCCCUCCAACAUCCCCACACUUCGUCCUUCCAGCAUUCCAACACUUCGUCCCUCCAACGCUGUCAGGUCCUCUUCAGCUCCUAAGAAGACUACUACAACAACAGCAACAGCAACAGCUUCAGCUUCGGUUGCAUCUCCAAAGAAAACUGUCUCUCGAUCUUUAACUCCUGUAUCACGCAAAACACCAUCACGUUCUUCAACUCCUUCAAGAAACAGUACAAGUAUUCCUUCUUUCAAGAAAGCUGGAGACGCUCAAAGAUCAAGAUCGUUGACUCCUAGGUCAAAGCUUCAGACUGCAGCAACCUCAGCUGCACCAACCUCAGCUGCACCUUUAAGUAGGACCAGUACUGUGCGGUCUACGUCUGCGUCAUCACGUCCAUCAGUUUCAUCAACACCUCAGACACCGCCAAGAGGAAGAGAAAAAGCAGUCACUCUAGCGUUCGGUCGACCAGUGGCAACCACAAGGAAUGUAACUUCGCCUAAACGGAACAUAUCUCCAAAUGUUACAAGAACGAGGCCUAAAGAGCAGUCUGCUUCUUCUUGUUCUCUGAUUCCUUCCUUUUCAGGCGUGGGACAAGCAACAGGAAGGGCAAAGUCUGUAAAGUCAUCUGCAACUGUUUCGGAUCCAACAAGCUCCGGAAAAAAAGUGUCAAAAGCUUCGGUCCAAAUUGCUAACAAUCACAUGGACGCACGAAAGGGGAAAGCAAAUCCGUUUUUGGGCACAAUGUUAUACCCACAAAGCAUCAAAUCUUAUUCAAGAAAGUGGUGUGGUAGUAGUGAAGGAAGCAGCAGCAGUAACCAAGAAGAGGAAGAAGGAAAAAGCCUAACUAAAGAAGAAAAUACAGAGAAGAGUGAUAGUGCUCGUUACGAGUCACUCUUGGAUGUUAAAGAUGUCAAGGAUACUAACUGGCUACUUAACCUUGAUGAUGAGUCCAAUCAUUCUCUUAUCUUCGACAGUGUUUUCGACUCUCCUCCUGAGCCAUUCUCUCCUCUUUGAUUCUUUUUAUAUAUGUUUUUCUUAAACACACAAAAGUUGCUUGGGAAAAUAAUGCUUCUUUACUCUUUUUUUAAUCUUUAUGCAAUGAAAGAGAAAAAAAUAAGGAAUGAUUGCUCUCUA